CUUUCACGUAUGACUAUCCCAUUUGUGCCUACUUCUAAAUUUAGCCAUAAGUUUGGUUUCCAAAGAGGAAACUUUGAUUCAAAUGUAGUCACUUUCGUUUUCUUGACCGAUUCGUGAUGGGGAAAGUUAUCGCUAAUGAAACGAAACUGAUUUGAUUCUGCUAAACACAUUUGCUGAGGAAGUCAUCCCCGAGGCAACAUCAGGGGAUCAAAUACCAUCAGACUGACAUAAAGGAAAACAUUGAUAAAUCAAAUUGACACGUUGAAUUACUAUAUCGUAAUGAGCACGUUGGAUUGACUGAACUAGAAAUGCAUUGAGAGCCCAUUCAGAUGUUCCUGGAGAAAGUCAGAUGAUAACCUACAAUUGUUUAGACCCAACCAAUCUGCAUGACUUCAGUCCAUUCAAAGAGCCAUUUUACAGCCAGCCACAUUGAUAGGCAUCCAGUAAUUCAUAUAGUUAAAAUCCACUAACUGCAUAUCCAAUCAGAAAACCAAGAUGUCCAUUACGAACUACAAAGGCCGAUUGAACGAGCUGACACAAAAAAGAGGGAAGUCGCCACCUCAGUAUAAAGUGCAAUCAAAGGAAGGGAUGGACCAUUGUCCUUACUUUGUGGUGAAUGUCUACAUUGGCGAUCAAUUAUUCGGGACUGGAAAGGCCACCAAAAAGAAAGAUUCCGAGCAGCAAGCAGCUGCAGAAGCUUUGAAAGCUCUGGGUGUUGAUAUAGACCUUAACGUAACUCAAGACACGAAUGGUGUCAAUCCCAACGCUAUAAAUCCAAUCGGUGAACUACAAGAAUACUACCAGGCCAGACAUCUUCGUUGUCCAGUGUAUGAUAUAGCUUCUCGUGGUUCUGAUCAUCUUAAGAAGUUUACAGCAAAAGUAACGGUAACUAUUAACAAUGAAGAUAAAGAGUAUACAUCUGGUGGUAAUGACUUUAACAAAAAAGACGCGCAGAAGAGCGCAGCGAAAGCUGCUAUUGAUGAUAUAAAAAAGAAGGGACUUUGGACGAAAUGCAUUUCAGAAGACAAUGAUUCCAAGUACCAAGAUUUAAGCAAGAACCCUAUUAGUGCACUGAUGGAGUAUUGCCAAAAAUACAAACAUCGUGUAGAUGACCCCAUUGUCAGGGGAGGCCCUGGAACAUAUUUUUCCUACGCAUGGGUAAUCGAUGGUGUUAUUUAUCCUUCAAGUAAGACGAGACGAAAGGAUACCGCCAAAAGCGAUUCUGCAAAGCUAGCUUUAGAUGCGCUACUGAAACAAGCGACUCGAAUGGACGACACAUCUGAUACAGCUUCUAUCAUGACUGAUGAAGAUAAAAUAGAAGCCCUUGUUAUGGAGAAAUUCAGAAGCUUGGUCCACGAGAAUCCACAAAUCAUUGACUGUGAUAAAGGAAGGACAGUAGUCGCAGGCAUUAUAAUGAGAGAAGUGAGAUCAAAUUGUACAAUAGAUAGUGUCGUUAGCAUUGGCACGGGAACAAGAUGUAUCAUGGGAGUUAACCGAAGCUAUGAAGGCCUCACGGUAAACGACUGCCACGCUGAGGUGAUAGCAAGACGUGGGUUAUUACGAUUCUUAUAUUCCCAGCUGUUCCAGUAUUACGGGAGUCAAGGCGCAUUUUCAAGCAAUAUAUAUGAACCAAUGAGUCGUAGCAGAAAACUAAAGAUCAAGGAUACUGUCACAUUCCAUCUUUAUAUAAGUACUGCACCAUGUGGAGACUCGAAGACGUUCAGUGUCACUGAUCCCGACAAGACCCUCCCUUCUGUAAACCCAAAGUCUGGUCACAGGCCGCUGUUUGGUCGACCGAACGAUGGAUGUCUCCGCUAUAAGGUGGAGAUGGGAGAAGGGGCAGCUCUCAUGCUAGAGGGUCUCCCUACACCAACCUGGGGUGGUAUCAUGUCAGGAGAACGCCUGUUUACAAUGUCAUGCAGUGACAAGAUAGCAAAGUGGAAUGCGCUUGGUCUUCAGGGAGCACUUCUGACCAACUUCAUUGAGCCCGUUUAUUUAAAAUCCAUUACAAUUGGUGAUAACUCAACAUUCCGACAUGGACAUUUUACAAGAGCGGUUUGCUGCAGGUUAGAUAAUGGCCAAUGUGAUCUGAGUCAACGAAUUAGCGCUUCAGACGGGAGAGACAAAGGUCCAUCGCCGUAUAGAAUAAACCACCCGAAGGUUGGCGUGACAUCACGAACUCAACACCGUGGCAACUCGGACACAAACAGCCGGAGUUUAAAUUGGGCUGACAUUGAAGAAGAUCCUUCUCCUGAACUAUUAGAUAUAAGCAAAGGAAAGGGAUGUAUUGGGGUAGGUGACCGAGUAUCAAGAUUGGCCAAAAAGACAUUGUAUCAACUAUACGCCUCGCUAUGCAGCCUCACUAAAAACAAAGUCGGUGUGAUGUUGGGACAAACAUAUCUUCAUUCAAAAGCAACAGCAAAGGACUACACAAAUAGACAACACAUGUUUUAUGAACAUUUUCCCAGGAAUAGACUUGGGCGUUGGCAACAAAAGCCCCAGGAUGAAAAACUUUUUACAUUGUCACCUCUGCAUUCAUACGGUAUGCAUAGUCUUUGAACAUUAGUUGUUUAUUGUGGCAAUCGAAAAGCUUCGUAACAGAUUCUAAAUAUGCAACAAAAAGUUCUAACCCAGUAAGAAAGGGGUAGGACAUUAAAUGGGACAUUAAAGCUUAACUAAGGCAUAAUCCUAAACGGACAGUCAAUAUUAGACGUACUUUACUUUGCAUUUCAUGAAAUACUUAACUUUUCCAAUCGAUUCUCCACUGCACAUAUUUCGUGUCCCAAAAAGAUGAAUCACUUUUCGACACUUUUUUCUCCCGUCUUGUUCCAAUCGAUUUUCCACUGCACAUAUAUUGAGUUUCCCAAAAAGGUGAAACACUUUUUCAUAAUUAUUUUCUCAGCAACAGAUUAGUUGAAUCCAUUGCAAUUUUUGAGUUGACGGCCCUGAAUACUAAUAGGUGCUAAAAUCUGCAGUUUAAGGCAAAAUCAGACAUAUGGGGUGACAAA